GCCCAUCUGGAACUAACACUUUUUCCACUCUCUCUCUCUCUCUCUCUCUCUCUCCCCACUCCCUCCCCCUAUAUAUAAAUAUCGCAAGAAUAGCAUCGUUAAGAGCCAAGUUAGCGGAGUUUUGCAAGAAAGAGAGAAUUUGCGCCACAGAGAAAGAGAAAGAAAAGCUUUUCUUUCUCUCCAUUGAAAAACCAACUCUCUGUAAAGAUUGAACCUCAACGAAAGCUAAAAAAUUUCAUCUUUCAUCUUCCCCACAUUUCUCGGUCUCUCUCACGUUGUUACCUACCAACCCCAUUUGGUCAUUUCUCUUUUGGGUGGGUUUCCUUUCUCUGAAUCUUUCUCUCUCUUCCUUUCCUUGAUUCUCUCUUUCCCUCAAUCCUGCCUUAAACAAAGUUGCCAUUCUGAUUUCACCUUUGUCUCCGAUUAAGGAAAAGGUAUCGAGACCCCAUAGAUCAUAAGAUCUUGGUUAUUUUGGGGUGUAAACAAAGAUAUCCAACUACAUUCAAAUGGGGGUAUCGUAUUCAUGUCCUAAUUUUGAUGAUUUGGAUAGUCGCUUUGAAGCUGUUCUGGUGAAGUCUAUUAAUUAUGAAGGAGGAGAUGGGAGGAACCUAUCACGGUCGCUCAGCUUCAAUGGCCGUGAUUCCAAUCCAACACCUACAUUGGAAACAUAUUCUUCAGAGAAGGUGAUAUUUCAUGGAUCACUAAGCUUUAAGGGGAGCAUGGUUUCCAACAAAACACCCGGGACAGGUGUGAAAAAUGAUGUGUCUGGUAAAGCAUCAACCCCGAAAGUCCAAGAUUUCGGAGACGAAAUGCCAAGAUCAGAAGAUAGCUCUUCUGAUGAAAAUAUUGAACCCCCACCAAAGGAGCCAAACCAUAGAUAUCAGGCUGCAUUGAGGUUGCAGAAAGUAUAUAAAAGUUUCAGAACUAGGAGACAGCUAGCGGAUUGUGCUGUUCUGGUGGAGCAAAGAUGCUUCCCUUGUUUGUCUCCAGAACAAUGUUGCAAGAUUUGUGAUUUUAAGGCUUGCCAUUGUAGGUGGAAGCUCCUAGAUUUUGCUGAACUCAAACGGAGUUCUAUAUCGUUUUUUGAAAUCGAGAAACCUGAGACCGCUGUUUCACGUUGGUCUCGAGCAAGAACGAGAGCUGCCAAGGUUGGGAAAGGCUUAUCUAAGGAUGCAAAGGCUCGUAAGCUUGCUUUACAGCAUUGGCUUGAGGCAAUAGAUCCGCGACAUCGUUAUGGUCAUAAUCUUCAAUUUUAUUAUGCCAAGUGGCUUCAUUGUCAGAGUAAGCAGCCUUUCUUCUAUUGGCUCGAUAUAGGAGAAGGAAGAGAAUUCAACCUUGAUAGAUGCCCCCGAUCGAAGCUUCUACAACAAUGCAUCAAGUAUCUUGGUCCGAUAGAAAGAAAGGCUUAUGAAAUUGCAGUGCGGGAUGGGAGGUUCAUGUACAAGCAGAGUGGGAAACUUGUUGAUACAAGAGGAGAACCAAAAGGUUCUAAGUGGAUAUUUGUACUUAGCACAUCCAAGACCUUAUAUAUUGGGCAGAAGAACAAAGGCACAUUUCAACAUUCAAGCUUCUUGGCAGGUGGAGCUACAUUAUCUGCUGGAAGAUUAAAUGUGGAAGAUGGAAUUCUAAAGGCAGUUUGGCCUCACAGUGGUCAUUAUCUCCCAACAGAAGAAAAUUUCCAAGAAUUCAUGUCAUUCCUCGAGGAACACAAAGUGGAUCUAAACAAUGUAAAGAAAAAUCCAAGUGAAGAGGAAGAAGAAGACGUUAUGAAGAGCAAUGUUGCUUGCAUGCGAAGCAUUCAAUCAGAACCAGAUUUGUCUACGGUGUCAAGAACAAAGAAUGUCGAAAGCUUUGAUCAAGAGAAUACCAGUUCAAGAUGUCAGGACUCUAAUGCAACAGAGAAUCCCAGUAUACCAAAGAUGUCCAGAUUGCAGAAAAGACUAAGCAACCAAAUAGCCAAACUCGAAAUACCACAGAAAAGUAAUGUUUUUGACAUUUUCAAGAAGGAUUCACUCCCACGAAGUUGCCGCAAUCUUCAACCAGAUUCUCCUUCCGAAGAUGGUUAUGAAACAGCUGAGGAAUCAUUUCUUACAGAGGAAGAUUUCAUGUGUACAAAAAGGAACUUGUUUGAUGAUGAAGAUCAAGAAGAAGACAACGAAAAACCGAUCCCAAAAGAGAAAAUCAUGCAGAGAAUAGAUUCACAUAAGGGAAUGAAAUCAUAUCAGUUGGCUCAGCAAUUAACUAGUAGAUGGACAACUGGAGCAGGACCAAGGAUUGGUUGCAUGAGGGAUUACCCUUCGGAGCUUCAAUUCCGGGUUUUGGAACAAGCAAACUUGUCUCCAAGAUCAAAAGGUGUUAAUUCAUCUUCGAGGAACUUAAGCCGGUUCAGUCCAAGGGUGGUUCCAAGUCCACCUUCUUCAUGUAGAGAGACUUCUUCUGCUGCUUCUACUCCAUGCAGAAGUCCCAUUUUCCAAAAUCAAGUGCUACUAUCUCAGACAGCACCACCACAAAUUUGAGAAACAUAUAGGAUUUGUUUUGCAUUCUUUCUUUCUUUUUUUCUUUUUUUCAUGUGAUUCUUUUAUGAAAAAAAAAAAAAAAAAAUUUACUCCAUAGAUCUUACGGUAAAAAUUGGGAUGAGAAAUAUAAGAGGGUUUUGCUUGCUCCACUUAUCCCAAAUUCAUUUUCUUUUCUUUUCUUUUUGUUAAAAGAUAACACAAUUUUAUAAAGUUGAGAGUAUAUUAUAAUUUCUAAUAUCGUUAUUUA